AAAAUAACCAAUUUAUUUAUUUUUCCACCUCCGCAGCUCCGUUCUCUCUUCAGAACUGCUGCAUUCUUUAGCCGCUGCUCCUCUACUCCGCUGAUCCCUCUCAUAGCUCUGAAACUUGACCGAAAAUGGCGUUCAUACUCAAUAAAAUGGGCAUCGCUUCCAAUUUCCGUGCUCAUUCCCAGAAAACAGAGGAUUCGCUCUCUCUGAUCCGCCGCGCAUACCACAUGGAACUUGGGCCUCGCGAGAAAGCCCUCUUGGCCGACGAUCCAGCUUUGAAGCGAUUCAAAUCACAUAAAAAGAGUGUGUGGCGACUCAAAAGAGUUGGUGAUGUUCUAACUCUUGUUGUUGUUGCAGGUUGCUGCUAUGAAAUAUAUGUUAAGGCAGUAAUGCGAGAAGAAGCUCGCAAACAAGCGACGGCUGCAGGCGGUAGUGAGUAAGUGUGAAG